CUGCUAUCGUAUGUCACUACCUCGUCGUGUAAAUAUUAAUUUUUUGACCAAUUAAAUUUGCAAAUUAUCUAAAUAAUAUCGUGUUGUAGUUUUAGAUGUAGGUAGUUAAGUAAAUUCUUUUAAUGCUAAUUAAUAACUAAUAGACUAUCUAUUAGUUAUUAAUAAAAAAAAAUAGUAAAAAAUAUGGCAGGGACCUACUAUUUUGUCAUCGUCGGACAUUCGGAUAAUCCUAUAUUCGAAAUAGAUUUUAUCCCAGUUACGAAAGAAGUUAAGAAAGAAGACAACAGACAUUUGAAUCAAUUCAUCGCACAUGCCGCUCUAGAUCUCGUUGACGAACACAUGUGGAAGGUCACCAGCACAUACCUCAAGUCCGUAGAUAAGUUCAACCAGUGGUUUGUCUCUGCUUUCGUCACUGCGAGCCAGAUGCGUUUCGUAAUGGUUCACGAUGCCCGCAAUGAGGAUGGUAUCAAAAACUUUUUCACUGAUGUCUACGAAGCCUACAUUAAGCUGUUACUGAAUCCGUUCUACAAAGAAGACACACCAAUAGCCUUCCCGGCCUUCGAGAAGAAGGUUCAGUUUCUUGGGAAGAAGUAUCUUACAUGAUCCACAAGUUUGUUUUUAUAAGUUCACUUCGAUCAACUGUACUAGAUUCCCUUAAGAGAGCAAAACAAGUUUCCGAGGUUUUAUAUAGCAUUUGACAAAUGUUUACCAUUAAAAAAUGGAUCUUAAUGUAUUGCUAUAAUGCACACAAUUCUUUUGCUCAUUGUGAAUGAUCAAGUUUAAUUUAGGAUUGUGUGCCUUAUUGUAAUCCAUUUUUUAUGGAUGAAUCACGUCAUGCUGCCCUUUAUAUUUAACCUCUGACAUGUUGAAAAACAUAGUGUUUAAAUAAAAAAAAUUUAUUUCAUUUUUCAUAAGUUAAAGUCUUGUAUAUUGUAUGUUUGUCAACAUUUGAAAUCCCUGUGAAUGUACUAAUAAACUCAUUAUGUCUCUUAAGUAAUUGACUGAACGACUGAAGCAAGUCAGGUCUAUUAAUCGCAUGGCGCGAAAAUAUUUUUUUUUGUAUGUAUGUAGUUUUGUAAAGCUAUGUAAGUAACUUUCGAACCGUUGGUCUGAUUUUGUCGAAAUUUGUGUAGAAAUAAAGUGGAAAAUAUGUGUAGAAUCGUCAUUAGAAUUUGCUAAAAAUGGGGUCGCGUGUGCUUUGCUAGGGGGCUGGGUUCCACAUUCCAACAUUCUAAAUCCUUAUUUAAAAUUAUAAAGCUCUACUUUUGGAAUAUUUAAAACCAGUGUUGCCAUCUAACGCUUUCGGUGCUCGUCGUCGAACCUUUUUUGGUUGCAAAUUUUGUUAAUGUAAUGAAAUUAAGGUUCAUUGGAAACAUUUGUUAAUGUGCACUUUCAAUUAAGCUUAUCUUCUGUAAAGGCUUGUGUCCAAGAAACUUUGUCUUUUACCAGUUUUUUAUUUGUUUGUAUAUUUAAUUAUUUAAGGAUUCCUGCAGUUAAAUAAAAUAGUCUUAUUGAUCUAAUUCUUGAGUUGUAAAUAACUAUUAUUGUAAAGUAAAAUAGGUUAAAAG